AUGAUUUCCAAUUAUUUUAUUUAAAAAUUGAUGUAUAUAAAAAAUUGUUUAAAGAAAGGAGUAAUAAUAUAUCAUAGUAUUUGAUUAUUUAAAAUGUAACUUAUAGAUUUCUCUAGUUGCAUUAAGUUUUAUAGUUGUUGACUUGUUGAACAGUAAUGAACAUGGCGGACGUAGUAUACGGGUAGCUGAUGUUUGCUUCGGUACGCGCGUUAACGAUUGUUCGAACAGUCGCGUUGACAUAUUGUGUGGUGUGUGUGUGUGUGCAUGCAUAUGCGUACGUACGUGAAGUAAAUUUUAAUUAAUAAAAUAUGUUCGAAAUUUGUUGAAUAUGAGUGGAGAAGCGGAUUCAGCAGGACAGAUCUGCGAGAAUUCGCUUACGACCUUGAAAAACGAGGUCGAUCCUGAGAAACUUCCUCCAAGAACGAUAUCUCAUACUACCAGAAGACCACGAUUCGGUAUAGGCAAUGUUCCGCUAUCGCCUUAUAUAUUAAUUGAUGGAAAAAAAUUACGAAGUUCUUUGGCUUUAAGCAAAAGAAAGUUACCGCGGCGUGUCAGUUUUCCGACAAAUGACAAUCUCUUGGUUACGGGAUAUUUGGAACCGGCCAAUCCAUGGAAACUCGCUGAAAAUGUGAAUCUUGAAGAUUUAAUCUUGGCAUACAAAGAAUCCUGUAUAAAACAUAAUGCAGAGUCUCUGGAAACUGUUAUAAGUCAGCUAGAGACUUUAGAUAUAUCUAAAGCACGAAAUGAAGAACUAAAUUUAAAAGGACAGAAAUUGAAUAUUAAUCAUGCAGAAACGUUAGAAGAAAUUUUUAAAAGAGUUCAGUUUAAUAAAGUUGAUUUAGAAGCCACAUUUUUGAAUGACGAGACUGCUGUGAUAUUAUUUGAUACGAUAGAAUAUUAUGAAUCUGCAAAACACUUAAAUAUUUCAUCUAAUCAAAACAUUGGAAUUCAUGGUUGGCAAGCAUGUUCAAAUAUGAUAAGAAAGACCCAAUGUUUAGAACAUCUUGAAGCUAAGGAUAUAACACUUAAUGAACAAUACAUGAAUAUCUUGAGUCGGUCAUUACCAUUAGUCUGCCAUCUACAUGUGCUUAAAUUAGAAAAUUGUGGGCUUUCAGGGAGAUGUAUCAUCACACUAGUUUCAGCAUUAAAAAUGAACACUGGAAUAAGAGAACUUUAUUUAGCUGACAAUAAUUUAAAUUUAUAUGAUGCAAUACAGCUUGGUUCUCUUCUUAGGUUAAAUAAUCAUAUACAACUACUUGAUGUUAGUAACAACAUCAUCCAAGAUGAUGGUGUACGUGAUAUGUUAGAGGGUCUCAUCAACCAAAUAAAUGAAGAUAAGAGUGGUAAAGGUUUAAAUAUAUUGGUAUUAUGGAAUAACCAACUUACAAAAAAAUCAUCUCCUUACUUCGCACGUAUUAUAGCAUUGUCUAAAACAUUAGAAACAUUGAACAUUGGAAAAAAUAUGUUGACCGAUGAAUUAUUAUUUGUUAUAAAAGACGCAUUGAAAAAAAACCGUAUCUUAUUACAAUUGGGAAUACAGGCAACCGAUCUUACAUGCGAUGGAAUUGUCACAUUAUCCGAGAUAAUUGAAAUAAAUCAGAUUCUACAAAGGAUAGAUUUACGAAAUAAUAAUAUUCAAUUAACUGGGAUGCAGGCUCUUUGUUCUGCUAUGCAAAACAAUAAAAGUAUUACUAAAAUUGAUUUGGACGAUGAACCUAAUACGAAAAUAGUUGAUCUAACCCAGACCUUGCAUCAGUACAUGCAGUUAGUAGCUGAAAUUCGAAGCUGUUGUACAAACAACGAGCAAAUGCAUACUUUAGAAGAAAAUUCCGAAGGUUUUCAAAGUUCAUUUCAUAGCAGAUUCUGUAGUAAAAUCUCCCGUAAAAUUUCGCUUACUUGUCAAACACUGCCAUGUUCUUUAUCAUCCAAGAUUUCGAUACAAAAAGACGAAUCUGGACGGUCAAUGCUCGAACCAAAACGUAUUAAUGGAGGUCGUCUUCGUUCACCGAUUCCUAGUCCAUCUUCUUCACCUGUAGUUAGCCCAAUACCGAGUCCUUCGCGAAGCCGAUUUGUGGUGUCUCGGGUACCAGAAACUUCACGUUCUGCAGAUCCCUCAGUAUCUUCGUCACCAGUUCUUUCAUCCCUUGGAUCAUCACCUACCUAUGUUACUUCUUCUGCAAGUGGGCCAUCUAGAUUUCGUGUUUCAGUUGUUGAAUCAGCAAAUGUAUCUUUACCUAAACCUGUUGUUACUUCAACAACAACUGAUCAUACGAUUGAUAUAAAUUUCAAAAUUACCACAGACGAAUCAAUCGAUUCGGAUGACCUUGAUAAUGUAUUUAUAUCUGAAUCAAAAACGAGUAACGAUCAAAAUGCCAAAAGCUUACGAGAUACAUCCAACAACGAUGUAUCUUAUUUAGAUUCGCAAUUAGUCAAUGAAACUGGUACAUCAUUGAUACCAGAACGUUCUAACGUAGACAAAUUAAAUGCAGACGAAUGUUUUGUUACGGCAACUAUUAAAACUAAAUCGAACGACAAGAUAUGCUCUAUUACCAUAGAAGAUAAAGAAUAUUGUGAUGUACAGAAUAAUCAAAAUACUGUUACAACUCAAUUGGAAACUAUUAUACCGACAAAAAGUAUAGAGAAUGUAGAAAAUUAUGAUGAUGAAGAUACGAGAAAUGCAACAAUGUCAAAUGUAAAUAUAAAUAAAACUGAUACAAAUUCUAACUGUACUAUAGUAGAUGAUCAAUCGGUAACUAUUGAUAAAGAUAAUGUGACAGAAAAGUUAGCGAAUACUUCUUUCGACGAGAGUAUGCAAUUACAUUCACAAACAAAACAUGAUCCGUACAUGCAAAAGAGUAGUUCUAAUUUAGGAAAGCUACUCGCGCUGUUUCAACAUCCUAGUUGCUUUUUUUCCGAUUCAACUCCUAUUAAUCAGCUGAAAUCGAAAAAUACUUUACAAGGUAGUAUAAACAGCAUGAUGACGCUUGGAGACAAAUUUCAUUACUACAUAAAGGACAAGAAAGAUAAAAUUUAUAAUCGUGAAACAGAGGCGUCUUUGAUGUCGCUUAAAAAUAAAUCAACAAGAUUUUUCAAUCUAUCACAAAUGCCAAGUUUGCAAAGCAUAACAAGCAUGGUUCCAUCGUUUAAGUUUGAAGGUAAUUUAGAUGAUUCUAGACAGAGUAACGAGUCUUACUCGAAGGAAGUAGAUUUUUUACUGAAAAAGGAUUACGACAGUAAUUUAACUGAUACAAAAGAAGAAUGUAAUAAUGAGAGCGAAAAGUUAAACGUACAUUUGAAAGAACAAGAGAUUAGCGUUCCAGAUCUAGAUAAUCAAUUAGUACCAGAAGACAUACGAUCAAAGUAUCCUGUUGGGAUCGCUGAUAAAAAUAUAAUAUUAACUGCAAAUUGCAUAGUUUCGAAUGUAAUUGAUACCUGUCAUAAAAUUGUGAAUAGUAGAUCAUUGAAGCAUGUCUCAGAUAAGAAAAUGAUUGUACCUGUACCUAAAUCAAUAGGUAUACCUGAAUAUUCUGCUUUGAAAGCAGUUAAAAGUGAUGUAAAGAAAGAUACUAUAAUGGAAACAUUAGAGAAAGUAGAUUCCAUAUUGAUAGAUGAAGCGAGUAAUGAAACUUUAACAAACAGUAUUAAUUUUACUAGUGAUAGCAAUUCCUUAUCUUGUAGCAUAAUGUACGGUGUAAGCAACGAUACGCAUACUGUAAAUAAAUCAGACAGAAUGCACAGUUUAGUAAUAUUAAAUUUAGAUGAGAAAGAUAAUGUUGAAAAUAAUUCUACUUUUAAUGUAAAUAAUACGGAUGAUAAUCAGGCAUACUUUGUAUGCGAUGAAAAACAUGGAUAUAGUUCAAACAUGUUGAAAGGAAGCGUAGAAAGAAAUUCUUCUAAUAAUUGUUUAAAUAACGAAGUUGUCGAAAUGCAUAGUUUUGAUAGUAAUAAGGAUAAAAAUGUUUUUACAGAUGUUCAUAAUAUGCCAAGCAGUGAAGUAGAAAGAAUAGAUGUAUCUCGUGUAAAUAAUAGUACGCAUUGGAAAGAUGCAAUUGUUGUAAAUAGUACAUCUGAAAGAAAGAUAUCAAAUAUAAAUUGUACGUGUAAAGAUACUAAUUUCGAUUUUAAUAAUGAUAAUAACAGACAGUUAUGUACUUUGAUACUUUAUAAAGAUAUAAGAGCACCAGUAACCGAGAGAAUGAUACAAAUGUUUAUUACAAAGAAAACAGAUGUUAAUAAUUUUAUUAUGGAAAGUACUAGUACAGUUAGAAAAGGAAACAUUGUUAUGCCUAUACCAAAAACGUACACUUAUGUGACAAACAUUAAUAGAUCUGUUCUUAGAGAUCUGAUACGACACAUAACAGAUAUCUCAAUAAAUGGGAAUUUGGAUAAAGAAAAUAUUCCUUCCAACGAUUGGCCAGACAAUGCUAUCAAAGUAAAGACUUCAUUUUAUAAUCAAGCUCAAAUAUCUUACGCAUCUAUGAAUGUUAUGUCUGAAACUUCAGAGGAUCUUCAUAAAAAUAAUGAAUUUAUUAACGUUGAAAACGAUAUUUCUGUAAAUGGUAACGUUGAACAAAGUAUGCAUUUUCACAAGCAACAAUUCCAAGAAUGCGAAGAUUCGAAAAUUGAUUCUGAAUGUUCUUCUACGUGUGUAAAAGUAGAUUCUAAUGUCCAUUCGAAGAGAGAUGUGCCUUGGUUAGAAAAAAAUGAUACGCAGAAUAAUUCCUCAGAAAAUAUUCGUUUGCUCGGUAAUUUUGAGUCAGCUACUACUCAACCUUUAAAAUGUACAAAUUCAGAUGACACAAAUGAGACAGCUCAUAAAUAUUUUAAUGCAAUCAAAUGUGCAGUUGCCACAACUAUGUGUUCAACGAGUACAGUGAACACAGCGAGCAAUAAGACAAUUAAAAUUAUUUCUGAUCAGAGUAAUAAAAUUGCUGAGUCUUCGUCAGUAAUUCAUGCAACAAGCACAAAAUAAGACAAACGAUACCGAUGAAGAGGAGGAAGAAGAAGAAGAAGAAGAAGUUGAUGAUAUGGAAUUAGAAA